AUAUAGCAGAUUAUGUACGUAAGUUUUGUGAGUGAUAAACAAUUUGUAUGCUUAAAUUGAUAAUCAAAGCUAGGAAAUGUUAGUAAAACUGUUACGAUUUCCUUAUGUGAAGUGUAAUUUAAUAAUUUUUUAACAGUAUUAGUGCUCUCGGUUAAGAAAAUAUAACCUUGGUUUGAAAAUGAAUAAAUCCAAAGAAAGGAUACUUCUUAUGUGCUAAAUUUAAAGAUGGAACAUAAUGUGAAUAAAUUAAUACUUGAACAAUGAGUGCCCAGAGUGGGUGUGUUACUUGUAAUGAUGGGUCUGAACAUUUUGAUGGUAAGCAUGAUGGUGAUUACUCGGAGGGAGAAGAUGCUCAAAUUCGGCUUGCACCUCAUGUUCAAGCAUAUUUGGCACAUAACAAUCCUACUACUAAUUGCUGUGGUUUUGCCAUACCAAUUGCUUUUGAAAGGGCUGCUGCUGGCACAUGGUGGAACCCAAGAUUUGAUUCAGAGAUACUUGAAGGACAAUAUAGGAGCAGUUCCUUCAGGCAGAUAAGAUUACGAUUUAGAUUUGCACUUUUGUAUAUUUUGAUAUUUUCUAUAUCAUGGUUUAUCUACUUUGUCGUCCUUGGCUUAAAUGGUGUAACUGUGAAAUGGCCGUUUCUGUGUUCUAUAUUUGCUGGUGUCCUUCUUAUUACAUCUAUAAUGCUAUUCGUUACCUUUACAAAUGUUUACAAAGUAUAUACAUCCAAGCUGUCUUUGAUUAUGGCACUUGCCCUGUGUACACUAAGUCUUUCAUUAGUAACAUUGACCACACAAAUUAAUGGUGAUUUUUCUCAAGCAGCUGAUAUUAGUCAAUCGGGACAUUUUACUAUGUGUAUAGAAAUACUCUUGAUCAUAUACACUUUGACACCAUUACCCCUUUUUGCUUGUGUCAUAAUUGGACUCUUAUAUUCUACAGUAUUUGAAAUUCUAAACAUAGUUUUGCACUUGUCUGAACAAGAAUGGCAAUUUCCUGGAAUGUUUGUGAGAGUUUUGCUUCAAGUUUGUGUCCACAUUAUUGGUGUACAUAUUUAUCUAAUGACAUUUGUGAGAAUGCGUGGCACUUUUAUGAAAGUAGGUCAGAGUUUACUUGUGAGAAGGCAGCUAGAAAUGGAAAAACAAUUAAAAGAGAAAAUGAUACAUUCUGUAAUGCCACCGAAACUUGCCAGCUGGUUGAUGAAGGAGCAAGUUUUGGAGUUUGAAACAAAUUUGAAAACUCACAAUUCUCUAAAUCCACGUCCAUCGAAUCCCGGUGCGUCGGAUAUCAAAUCAUUAUUUCGACCUUUUAACAUGAGCUCAAUGGAUAACGUUAGCAUUUUAUUUGCUGAUAUUGUUGGUUUUACAAGAAUGUCGAGUAACAAAGGAGCGGAGGAGUUAGUAAAUAUACUGAAUGAUCUAUUUGAAAAGUUCGAUGAGUUAUGUUUGAUUCAUGGUUGCGAAAAAAUCUCCACAUUAGGAGACUGUUAUUACUGCGUAUCCGGUUGUCCUGAACCGAGGCCCGAUCACGCAACUUGCUGCGUAGAAAUGGGACUGGGUAUGAUAGAUGCUAUUCAGGAUUUUGAUAGAGAGCGCGGCGAGGGUGUGAACAUGAGGGUUGGGGUUCAUACGGGAACGGUUCUCUGUGGUAUUGUUGGUACACGUCGAUUCAAAUUUGAUGUCUGGAGCAACGAUGUAACUUUAGCUAAUAAGAUGGAAUCAUCAGGAAAACCGGGCCGUGUACAUAUUUCUGAAGAGACUAGCAAAUUUCUAGGUGGCUCCUACGUUUUAGAAGAGGGAGAUGAUGUUUUCGGUCAUAAGACUUACUUCAUUGAAAGCCGCCAGAUAAGCUCUCCGUACGAUCACGACCACUGUCUCACUCCGUCGAACCCUGUCAAUCUCCGCCUCAUUAUAUCUCCCGCUAUUUCCCCGCAAUCAGUUUUAUCCUAUAAUCAUUUACCUCUGCCGGGAUCUGGUAAAACUAGUGAACCAUCAACAGACGCAAGGGAAAACAAAGAUGAUGCCAAAAAUUCCUGUAAUUUCCUAUCACCUAGUCCCUUUAAUAUUCGUACUAAAGCUAGUUCGCUUCCGAGUAUUCUGGAUUCGGAUACCGAGAUGGACGAAAAGAAGAACUUUCCCGAAGAAACGGACAACUCAUCAAAAAGUCCAACGUCUGUCGGAAGUUACGGUAAAUAUACGAAUAAAAUAAAAAACUGGAAAGUACCAAGGUUCCUGAGGAAGCAUUCGGACACGCCACUACAUGAAAUGAAAAAACGAGAACUCAACGAAAAGACAAUACAAAUGAUGGAACGCGGAGACGACUUGCAACUAAACAAUGGUUACCAACAAGUGCCGAUAGUAAUAGAAUCUCAGGACAAGUUUAGGCCGCUGCAGAGUAGUAGUAAGCUAAACAUCCCCCACAGCCAUGAAGUGGCGUCGGUUGAAAAAGAAAUAAUUGAUAUUCGAUCGUAUUUAAGCCAGUCUAGAAGUAACAUGUCGCCCUUUGUUAGAAGUAGCAGCUAUAGAUCUCAGUACGGAAGAGUAAACUUAGAGAUACCCGUUAGCCGUGCUCGUAGUUCGACACUCGCGACUCAAGGGGAUAUCGUCCGGCCCAAAAGCCGUAAACUAAACCUCCCCUUACCUCACGUGCCCCGUCCCCACGACGACGCCGUCAGCCUCUGUCCGUCGGUCAAUAGCCGCAAGGAUUCCGGCAUUCGAAGUACAAGCCGGAGAUCGAGUAUCCAGCAGCAGAUAUUUGCUCUCAAUCAUGCCUCACUGGCUACAUCGCAAGCUGAUAUGAUGGCGCAUCGGGUAUCGGGAUACUAUACUUCGAGUCAAUCUUCUGUUAAUGAGCUUCCCUCUAGAAGUAGACUACCCCCGCCGUUAAACGAUGAACAAGUCCAAUCACUUCAGAAGCUGAGAAAACAAUCGGAUCUCCAGUUAAUCAGAUGUGUCCAAGACAAUGCGAGAUCGGGAAUAAACUAUUUUGUGCAUCCUCCUUUGAAUAGAUUUACAUUGUUUUUCAAAUUGCCGGAAAUGGAGCAGCACUAUAGGGACAAAGCGCAUAGAAGCGAUGACUGCGAAGAUUUCCCGCCAACCUUAACCACGUCUCGCUUCAAUACUGCCCUAGAUAUUCUCGUGUCGGGAAUAAUUUUCCUAGCCGUUUCCACUUCGAUAUUAAUGUUGUAUAAGCAAUGGCGUUUUACCAUUGGAUGGUUUGUCCUGUUUAUUUUUAUAGAGGCUAUCGCAAUGGCGUUUUGCGUUUAUAGACAUUAUUUGAAGUGGAAGACGAAACACCAUCCUCAAGAUAUUACGGACGCCGUGAGAAGAUCAGUGAAGAUAUUUAGAAAACUCUCGAAUUGGUAUCCCUGGCAUCUGUCCGGGAGCUUGUUAAUAAGUUUGCCAAUACUAGUAAUUCUAUUAAAUUUUUCUUGCCAAAACACUACGGUGACAAUUCUAAGAGGGGAUCAAUCGUUUUACGUUUAUCUUCUAUACGUAAGUAUAGUUCACUUUUGUAAUUUUACACAAAUGAGUUGGCUGGUAAAGAAUACCUUGGUCACGCUUUACGCCGGUCUGUUCCUGUUCUUCGCUGUCCUGGGCUGUCACGAAGCCAAUACUCAAUUAAUAGACCGUGAUAUUAGAUUAAAUCCCCAAGUGAUUGCUCAAAAUAUUUCUAUCUUUAAUAUGGUUAAUGUUACCUUUGAGGAUUCGUUAAUAAGGAACGGUUCGCACUUGUUUAACGGUAUGCUCCAUGAGAUGCAUUUGACGGAGCUGUAUUUAGAUGUCGCGCUGUUGUUGAUUCUGGUGUGGUUCCUUAACAGGGAGUUUGAAAUCAGUUAUAGACUGAGUUUCUAUAGCAACGUGGUAGCGAAUCGCGACAAACAACGAGUGCAAAACAUGAGGAAUCAAGCAGACUGGUUGUUACAUAAUAUAAUACCGCGGCACGUCGCUGAUCAGUUAAAAAAUACAGCGAAAUAUUCAGAGAAUCACAAGGACGUAGGAAUUAUAUUUGCGAGUAUUGUGAACUUUAAUGAAAUGUACGAUGAGUCUUAUUUGAAGGGUAAAGAGUAUUUACGGGUUCUUAACGAGCUGAUAGCUGAUUUCGACGAAUUAUUGGAGAAACCGGAAUUUCAGCACGUUGAAAAAAUCAAGACAAUAGGCAGUACUUUCAUGGCAGCUAGUGGACUUAAUCCCGAUUUAAGGCAUUCCACACGUGGCACGUACGACCAUCUUUAUCAGCUAAUGGACUUUGCGUUGGAAAUGCAAAAGGUUGUCGAUAAUUUUAACCAAGAUUUACUCGAAUUUGAUUUCAUACUCCGUAUCGGAUACAAUUUCGGUGACGUCACAGCCGGUGUAAUAGGAACCACAAAAUUGUACUAUGACAUUUGGGGUGAUGCAGUAAACAUAGCUUCAAGGAUGGAUUCCACGGGCAUCGCGAAGCGAAUUCAAGUGGGCGAAGCUUGUAUACCGGUUUUAUCGGCUAAAUACGAGUUCGAGCCGCGUGGAAGUGUUUAUGUCAAAGGUAAAGAUAACAUGAAUGUUUAUCUCGUCGUCUCUAAGAAAGACGUGUAGAUAGAUCGUUAGAAAAAAAAAGUAGAAUCUGUGAUUUUUAACUAUAUAUAUAUAUAAAUAUAUAUAUUGUACGAUACAAUUUACAUUGUAGACGGUGAGACGUGAUACUUAUUGUGUGUCGAAAUGGUAAUCGCUUGUAUAAAUACUCGGGAGAUAAACCCUACUUAUAAAUUGAGCUUUAUUAGGCAGUGUUCUUGUAAACUAUUUUUUGAAUUUACUUCUAAUUAAUGACUGUUAAUGUUAAAUUGGCUAUGGCUUAUUCCAAUCAUAGGCGAAGUUUUGAGGAAUAAACAAAUUUGACCUUGAGAUGACGCGGUAUCAUUGAUCGAGAUCUUGAAUAAUUUAUCUAUGGUAUUCAUUAUGGAUGCGUUUUGAAUAUCGGCGAAGUUGUUGUGGACUUUGAAAGUAAAUUCAAUAUACGUAGGGAAUAGUGUUGUAUUAUAAUAAAGUCAUAUUCAUCAAAAACUGUUUAAAGUGCAUAAUAUAGCAGAUCUGAUGGAAUAUUUUGCGCUUUCUAUGGAAUGUAAAACGGCGAGUGCUCUGAGGAAUUAUUCUCCCUCACUCCCGCUUCCCCUUUCCUUCACAAAUCUACGCGUGCUGGCUCUCGAUGUCACCGCCUUACUAUGACAUCAAUUCCAUCGCGCACGAAGGAAUUUGGCAACUCUUUUCUUUGUCGGGGGCGGGCUAGUGCAGAACAUUCUCGACUGUACUAGCCGUCGUCGCGUUUGGACUCCCCUACCCCAUACCAUCAGGUGGAGUGGAGUCAUUUGCUUUCCCGGAAUAUAUAAUAUAUAUAUAUAUAUAUAAAUAUCUAUAAAUCUAUGGUUUAUUACUAAUCCUUCUUUGAUUGGAAUAGGGUAUAUGCAAUUAUUAUAAAAGUGUGCUUAAAAUUCCUUGCCUCUAUUUAUGAAACUGUGACCAGUGCUCUAGUCUGCGAUUAUAGUUGAUAGGGAUGAUACAAUCGUGCGUUAAAAAAAAUCCAUUUUUAAUAAAAAAAAAAUUGGGAAUGAGCUUAAAUCAUUAAGACGAUUGAAUGAUCCCUGCGUGAAGUGAUUUGUAUAUACGAAUGUGUAAAUUAUUCUAUGACAUUCUAAAGCUAUUUAUACAGUUUUUGUAUUUAAAAAUCAAAGUAAUAUUUUUUAUUUAACGCUGUGGAGUUAAUACUAAAUAUAUAUAAUUGGAUUAACUUGACUCUAAUGUUUAGUCAUAUUUCAAUUUAAAAAAAAAUAGCAAAUGUAUACAUACAUAUAAAGAGACUUUUUCUAUUAGAUCUUCGCGGUGAUUUGUAAAUUAAAUUUUUCAGGGGUCCGACGUCGAAUAAUGUUUUGUGACGAGGUUUUUGUAAUAUUAAAGAAUCAUCUUCAACUUUAUAUUAUAACCCGAUUAAGAUUAAUAAUAAGAGAUUUUUUCGCAUCAAACAAAGUAAUAUAUUUAAAUUUAAAAUGAACAUUACAUGGAUUAAUAUAAAUAUUUAAAUUAAUUAAAACAACGCAGUUGCGGGACCCCUUAUUUUAGUCUGUGAGUUUAUAGAACGAUAGUUCUAACGAAAAUAAGACUAGUAAAUUCUUUCUAAGACUUGAUAGCAGUAUUAAGAGUAAAUAUUUAUAUAAAGAAAAUUCAUAGCAAAAAAUAUUUUUACUUAUAUGACAGAAUUCAAUAUAUUUCUUAUUAUUCAGAAAAUUUGUUCGAUAUAACAAUUUCUUAUAUAAUUAAGAAAAGCACUCGAAACUUGUAGCUAAAUAAAUUAUAAUUACAAAAAGCAAACCGAAUACAUUUGAUAUAAUGUAGUUUAUAAUUAUUUCCUAUUCUACUUAAUAUGUAUACUGUCUCGUUCAAGUAAUUAGAAAUACGAAUUAUUCAACCUUGCAUUUCUAUUCUAUUAAACAUUUAAUGCAGUAAUAUUUGAUAGAAGUGCUGCCCAUUAACAAAAGUAAUUAAUAAAUUGUAAAAUGUAUAUUAUUAUUAAAAAAAAAUGUCAUGUUUAUACAAUAUUUUAACGAAAGCAUGUUUACCUUUGAACUUAUAAAAGCCUUACUAUACAUUCCACUUGUAGUUAAAUAGUCUACAAAUUAUUCCAUAUUGAAACCGAUUUUGAUGUCAAUCACAAUCUCUUUUAAACCAGCUUAAGCUUGUUGUUCUUUUUAACCCCCAUACAUAAGAAAGAGAUAACAAUAUUUAUUUUGUUUAAUUAAGACAUCGUGUUCAACAGAAUCGAUAGUAUUAUGAAACAAUACUUCAAAAGUCUUAUCUCGGAAUGUUACAACGAAAUAAUUCCAACAUUUUAUAUUUGGUAGCAAUAUAGUGUGAUCGCACAUUGGAGAUAUUUUUAUUAGCUAACAAUUAUGUUUUAUCAUUUUCGAAUAAGGCUACUACUUAAUUUUCAUAUGUAUUUUGUAUAGACUCAAGUGUAUGGUUUGAUUUACAAUGAAAUAUGUUGGGGUGGGUCGAUUGUUGUUAUCGAAUGUACUGAUUUAACAAAUGUUGGACCAAAUUUGGAAUACACUAAGGAUAUUUGCUCUCUUUACAAUCUAUAUUUAAUUUUUACAAAUAUAGUUGAUAUUCAAGUCUGGGAUUUAACUAUUUAGUGCUAUUUACAAUAUGAGCCGCUAUGACUGUUUAAUUGUAUAUAUUUAUUUUAAAUUUUAACAUACUUUAUAUUUUUUCAAACACUAAAAUUAGAAUUUGUGUGAAUAAACAAAGAUAUUAUUUAA